AUGGCGCAGAACGAGGCAGAACGGGACGACCUACAAUUUAACAAAUAUCAUCGCUUUUUUGGUUCCAAGCGGUGGGUAAAGUAUAAGUUCUCGUUUGAUCCGUUCUCAUGGGUUCAAAUAAAACUUUCCCUUCUUCUGCUACGACCUGCCAGCUCAAUGACCAUGAUAGCAGAACCAUACCAUCGCGAGAUCGAAGCAAAUGACCUGGAGAGUCUUUCCCCGACGGAAAUUCGGAGAAUAUUCUUGAUUUCCAAGGAGAAACAGCUCAGACUUGCCCUUUGCGCCGUCCGAUCCUCCAUGAACGAGCUCGCACCAGUUGCUAUGCUCUCAGACGAUAUCCUGGAGUAUCUUUUCAUGUAUUGCAUAUCCUGGCUGUCCGAGAAAGACAGGGAGGGGUAUGCUUGGCUUCACACUUGCCGUCGAUGGAGGGUUGUCGCGUUGAACAGUCCUCGAUUAUGGUCGCACGUCGAUAUCACCUCCCCCCUUCUUCGGUAUUUCCUGGAGCAUUCUGGCGACGCCACAAUAUCCUGGAUCUCCUCGCAAGUCAUACAGAAGCCGCUCGCCCCUGCGCUGCAGUCGAGUGCUUGUCGCGUGGAAUCGAUCGAUUUGAACGUUGGUUCUCACGUUGCGUGGUUCUUCUUCCUCGACUAUAGUUUAAAGUUUCCGAAGCUUCGCCAUCUACGCCUUGUCAACAGCGCAGCAGAUGAACUUUUUGUUCCAUGGUGGCCAACUAUCAAUCACUUGGCUUUAGAUGGGGUCGCUGUUGCAUGGAGGCGCGUCGCAAAUCUCACAACGUUGCGUCUUAGCAACCUGAGACAGCUCGGGCCCACCGUUAGCGAUAUACUCCAUAUUCUCCGGCUCUCUCCUCAGCUCGAAAAGCUGGAAAUUACGAAUAUUCGAUGCCCAACCGAUGAAAUCGAGACUUCCUUCGACCGCAUUGACCUCGACCGCCUCAGUGAUGUAUUUCUGAACGUUGACGACAAUCAUUUCGUCUCAACAAUCAUGCAAACGAUAUGGAUCCCACCCUCAGCCCGUGUUACCAUCACAUGCGCGGCCUCUGAUUCCCUCAACCUUGUCUCGAUGCCCUUCCAGAGAGCGCUAGAGUCCGCAGGCGACUUCCGCGUUGUCCGACUUUCCCGACUUGCAAUUCAAUGUCUUCGCGCCGAUGCCGAGCCAUGGUCAACAUCACCCGAUCAUGUCGCUUUGAGCAUCCGUCGCAGCAUGCCGGCGAUACCUUCCCACCCGUCCUGGCUCCAGUUCUCUCUGGGUCUACUGGACUUUUCGUCCGUCUCGACUUUGGAAUUGUCUGGAUUCGAUUCGCCAGGUAACGGGGCGGAUUUAAAACAUUUACUUCUCUACAUGCCGCGCAUCUCGACCAUCCGCGUCGCGUUCAACGUGCUUACGCACCUUUUCGACGCGUUAUCAGACCCUUCUCCUCUCUGGACGAACUCCCCUCUAUGUCCCCUUCUCCAGGUCCUAUCAUUCAGUAAACUGGGCGACGUUUGGCUGAAUUUCGCCAAACAUUAUUUUUCCUCGCUCGUCGAGCUUGUGAAACGGCGCGCGACGUUUGCUCCGAUCAAAGUGGUAGAACUGAUGGGGUGCUUAGACGAAGAUGAUUGCAGACGCGCCGACCGGGCAUUAGGGGAGUACGUGCACGUCGUCGCCGUGCCUGGUCAACUGAGGUAUCAAUGGUAA